GCCUGGGCGGUGGGAGCAGGGGCCGUGCGGCGGCCGGGGGCGGGCUGUGGCCCGGGAGCGAGACCCAGGACCCCGACCCAGAACCGUGACCGAGACCCCAGACUCCGCCCAGACUCUGGACUCAGACGCAGACCGAGACCCCAGACCCAGCCCGGACUCUGGAAGCCGACGCAGGCCGAGACCCCAGACCCGGCCCAGAUUCUGGACUCCGACCCAAACCCGUGGCCGAGACCCCAGACCCAACGCAGACCCCUGAUCAAGACCCCAGACCCGGCCCAGACUCCGGAUCCCGCCCCAAACCCCUGACCCGCCCCAGACUCCGGACCCAGACCCAAAGCCCUGGCCGAGACCCCAGACUCCGGACCCAGACACGAACCCCGGACGCAGACUCCGGACCCCAGUCCCCGGCCCAGAUCGCCCUCCCCCUCCCCCGCCCCGACCCGAGCGCCUUUGGGUUUGAAGCCCCAGCUCCGAGUUCCACGGUUUUCCUGCCUCUGGGAGUCCCGUCGCGAGGCUGUAAACAUCUUUCUCCUCUUGUUGUGUAGCCCUUGCUCACCCGGGUGUCUUGUUACUAAACCAGCUGUUCCCAUAAAGCCGGUAUUUUUGUUGUACCUGCGCUGCCCGCUGGCCACGUGCGGCAGUUGAGCUUCUGAAAUGUACAUGGCCCAGAGCAAGCACGCCGAGGCCCGCGAGCUCAUGUGCUCAGGAGCCCUGCUGUUCUUCAGCCACGGCCAGCAAAACAGUGCGGCUGAUUUGUCCAUGCUGGUCCUGGAGUCGCUGGAGAAGGCGGAGAUCGAGGUGGUCGAGGAGCUGCUGGAAAGUCUGGCCAAGCUGUUCAGUCUGAUGGAUCCCAACUCCCCGGAGCGAGUGGCGUUUGUGUCUCGAGCCCUGAAGUGGUCCAGUGGGGGGUCCGGGAAGCUGGGCCACCCCCGGCUCCACCAGCUGCUGGCCCUCACCCUGUGGAAAGAACAGAACUACUGCGAGUCCCGGUACCACUUCCUGCACUCCAGCGACGGGGAGGGCUGUGCCAACAUGCUGGUGGAGUACUCCACGGCCCGGGGCUUCCGCAGCGAGGUGGACAUGUUCGUGGCCCAGGCUGUCCUCCAGUUUCUCUGUUUAAAAAACAAAAGCAGCGCGUCAGUGGUGUUCACGACGUACACACGGAAACAUCCGUCCAUCGAGAGCGGCCCUCCCUUCGUGCAGCCCCUGCUCAACUUCAUCUGGUUUCUGCUGCUGGCCGUCGAUGGGGGGAAGCUGACGGUCUUCACGGUGCUGUGUGAGCAGUACCAGCCGUCCCUCCGGCGGGACCCCAUGUACAACGAGUACCUCGACAGGAUAGGACAGCUCUUCUUCGGCGUGCCGCCCAAGCAGACGUCUUCCUACGGAGGCUUGCUAGGGAACCUUCUGAGCAGCCUAAUGGGCUCCUCAGAGCAGGAGGGCGAGGACAGUCAGGACGACAGCAGCCCCAUUGAGCUCGACUGACGCCCGCGGACCUGCAGGACUCAGCCUGGACCGCGGCGGGUGCGGCUCCCGACGCAGGUCCAGACCUCGGGCUCCGGCCGAGGCCGAGGGGCCGCACGUUGGGUGUUGUGGGGCUGCCGGGGCCGUGCUGGCCAGGCCGCCGUGUACCUUGAGAUGACCCCAAUAAAAAGCACAGGCCCUGCCGCGCCUCCUCUCCCGGC